CCUGAAAAAGAUAGUGUAAUGUUUUGGACUUUAAAAGCAAUUCACAUGUUGUAUUUUGAAACAGAGUUACCUAGGGAAAAUGUGGCUGAGUUAAAUACAAGACGGUUGCAGAUCAUUUCCAGUUGAAGCUGUUUUUAUUGAAUACAAAGGGUUUGUUUUACCUGAAAGCGUUGUGAUUGAGGGGGUUGGGCGACGCUCAAGCACCCACCAAUGAGACUGACCGGUGGUCAGCCUAUAAUGAACCUUCCGAGAGACUCCAAGGGUCAUUUGCUGUGUCCAAGGUGAAGAACCUCCUUUAGGAAGGCUUCACUGUGUUUUUCAUUUAAGGGCUCUAUGCAUUUAGGUGGGUUCUGAAAUUUCAUUGUCAGGAGCUUUCUAAAAAGUAUUCAUUCCAGAACCCAGCUCUAAUGUUUGUAGGUGUAAGUCGCCCAAGCGGAGAUAGGAGAUAAGUUACCGGUCUUGUGAAAGAGGGGUAACGCAGAGUGUGUUGCAUGUUCCCACAUAUGGCUGCACCCGCUGUGUCAGAAUGAGUGUGCAGAGCAAGCCCCCAACGGUGCACCCACCACUGAGUGCUCUGAAUUGCUCUAAAGUAAUGGGUCUUGCACAAAUACACAUUCCUGUCACUAAAACUUAAAGAUAAGGCUAAUUAGAGUGGGUGGGUUUUAUUCCCAAGUCUUGUCACUUUAGUACCAACAAGAGAAUUUUUUAAUGAGUAAAGUGUACUCACACUCAAGUGUACAGGUCCCAAGUGUGUAAUUUGAUGAGUUCUGACCAGUGUAUGUGUCCAGGUGCACAGCUCUGCGGCCUCCGACAGGCCCGUCUUCCCAGACGGUGCCCCGCCCCUCCUAGAGAUAAAAACAUUCAGAUGGCAGAUAACAGCUUUUCAGAUGGAGCCCCGUCAGAUUCCCUGGAGGCCGGGAGAGCCCCGAGUGCCACAGAGACGCUCACGGACCAGGUGAUGCAGAACCCUCAGGUCCUGGCAGCCUUGCAGGAGCGCCUCGACAGUGUCUCCCACACUCCUUCCAGCUACAUCGAGACUUUACCCAAAGCGGUAAAAAGAAGAAUCAAUGCGCUGAAACAACUUCAGGUGAAGUGCGCUCACAUAGAGGCCAAGUUCUACGAAGAGGUCCAUGACCUGGAGAGGAAGUACGCGGCGCUGUACCAGCCUCUCUUCGACAAGAGAAGGGAGUUCGUCACUGGUGACGUCGAGCCGACAGACUCGGAAUCGGAGUGGCACAGCGAGAAUGAAGAGGAGGACAAAUUGGCCGGGGACGUGAAAAAUAAAGUCGUCAUAGCAGACAAAGAGGCCACAGCCGCGGAGGAGCCCAGCCCCAGAGGCGUUCCGGAGUUCUGGUUCACCAUCUUCAGAAACGUGGACAUGCUGAGCGAGCUGGUCCAGGAGUAUGAUGAGCCAAUCUUGAAACACCUGCAGGAUAUUCAAGUGAAGUUUUCAGAGCCUGGACAGCCUAUGUCCUUUGUGUUAGAGUUCCACUUCGGGCCCAACGACUACUUCACCAACGCGGUCCUGACGAAGACGUACAAGAUGAAGUCGGAGCCGGACAAGGCCGACCCCUUUUCCUUCGAAGGGCCUGAGAUCGUCGACUGUGACGGGUGCACCAUCGACUGGAAGAAGGGAAAGAACGUCACGGUCAAAACCAUCAAGAAAAAGCAGAAGCACAAGGGCCGCGGCACCGUCCGAACCAUCACUAAGCAGGUCCCCAACGACUCCUUUUUCAACUUCUUCAGCCCACUCAAAGCCUCUGGGGAUGGAGAAUCACUGGAUGAAGACUCCGAGUUCACAUUGGCCUCCGACUUUGAGAUCGGACACUUUUUCCGUGAGCGGAUAGUCCCUCGGGCGGUGCUGUACUUCACAGGGGAGGCCGUCGAAGACGAUGACAAUUUUGAAGAAGGUGAAGAAGGAGAAGAGGAGGAACUAGGAGACGAGGAGGGAGAGGAUGAGGAAGAUGCCGAGGUGAACCCCAAGAAGGAGCCCGGCCAGCCCUCCGAGUGCAAGCAGCAGUGAGGCCCUGUCCCGGCGGCGCCCGCACCGGACCUGUCUCCUCGUGCAUGGUGUUCACGCUUCCUCUCCCUUCGUCCUUAUGGUUUUGCUUAACCUGUGCAGUGGCAGCUUAAAUGCAUUUCAGAAGUAGGAGGUUUAACGCCCGCGCCCUCCUCGGCCUUGGGUGCAGCUUGUAGACUUUCCCAGGCCUGGCUUGGGGGGCCCGUAGACCACAGGGUGGGGGUAGGAGGUCGCCUGAGCCCAGGGCAGACGUCUGGGAGCUCCUGCUCCUGUCUCGUUGGGAGACACCACACGCUUCGUCUGCAGCCGCCUGUCUUCUGUGUCUGGUUCCUUGGAGGAACUGGAGGGCGGGCUCCGUUCUCCUUGGUGUGUCCGUUCUGCAGUUCUUGUUCUUCUCGGGGUGGGGGUGGGGCCGGGGCGCCCACGGCGCAGAGGCAGGGCUUGUGUGGUCGUCCUCGUAUUUAUUUGUCCUUUUGUGCUGUGAGGACUCGGGUGCCAGCGGCCCCCUGUCCUGGAGUGUCUGAAGCCACAUUCGUGACCAGAGCCCUGGCGACCUGACUGGGAGGAGGGGUGGCGGCCUCCCGGGAGUGGGCCUGUGGAAGGACGCAUUUCACUUCCUCCUGCCGCCCGCUGCCCUGGCGGAGCCCGUCCUCUGCCCCUGCCGUGGGGACCCUCGGCCGGGGGGGUGGGGUGGGGUGGGUGGGGUCAGCCGUCCUGUGUGAGUGUCUGCCAGCAGCUCCCAGUCGUCAGCCCACGUCCACCUUGUCUUAAAGCCCUGGGCUCAGCGCCACCUGGCCUUGGCUGGCGUGGGGGGUUUCUGAGUGUGUGACCGCGGUCCCUGGCAGCCAGGAUGCCGGGUCCACACUGUGACCAGGUCCGGAGAGUGCUCAGCCUUACUCAAGAUACAUUUGUAACUGAAGACUCCGUUUUCAAUUUGUACAGAAUAGUUAGAGUAUUCUAUUAAAGUUGUGGAACACAGA